AUGGAACGAGCCGCUCGAGCCGCUCGAGCGGCUCGCUCGCUCGAGCGCCUCAGCGGCGAGCGGCUUGGUGGCUCAGGCGCUCGAGCGGCUCCAUGCUCGAGCGGCUUAGCGAGCUUGAGCGGCUCAAAUGGCUCUAGCCGCUCAGCGGCUCAAGCCAUCCAAGCCGCUCGUUGGCUCGAGCCGCUUAGGCGCUCAGAAGCUCGAGCGAGCGCCUCGGUUUGA